AUGGCGAAAGGAAAAGAGCCAACGAUACCUACUACUCCAUCCUCACCAGUAACUAAGACCGCAGAAACCCCAACAACGAGAAGUACCAGGAAAACAACACCAACCACAUCUGUCUCUACAACCUCCAAAACCACUGCGUCAACAGAAUCCAGCCCAACCUCCUCAGCCAAAACAAGUCGAAGAAGCACAACUCUGACAAGAAGUACAUCUUCCACCAAGUCUCCUGAAACCAGUACAACCGCCAUACCAACGACACCCACAACCCUCACUCUCACCACGACUCCCUUCCCCACUACCUCACCAGAGAGCACAACCUCAAAGUCAACCCCUACAACUUCCACUACCUUUACCACUCCUACCACAACCACCACACCAACUACACUCACAACCGUCACUCUGACGACGACGGCCCCGACCAGUACUUCUCCGGAGACCACCGCAUCUGAGUCCACCACCGCAAGCACCGUAAAAAUAACUACGCUGACGACAGUUUCUCCGACUACUACAUCAACUAAGUCCACAACGCGAUCAACACCAACAGUAACUAAGACCGCAGAAACCCCAACAACGAGAAGUACCAGGAAAACAACACCAACCACAUCUGUCUCUACAACCUCCAAAACCACUGCGUCAACAGAAUCCAGCCCAACCUCCUCAGCCAAAACAAGUCAAAGAAGCACAACUCUGACAAGGACCACAUCUUCCACCAAGUCUACUGAAACCAGUACAACCGCCAUACCAACCACACCCACAACCUUCACUCUCACCACGACUCCCUUCUCCACUAGCUCACCAGUGAGCACAACAUCAAAGUCAACCCCUACCACUUCCACUACCUUUACCACUCCCACCACAACCACCACACCAACUACAUUCACAACCGUCACUCUGACGACGACGGCCCCGACCAGUACUUCUCCAGAGACUACCGCAUCUGAGUCCACCCUCUCAAGCACCGUAAAAAUAGCUACGCUGACAACAGUUUCUCCAACUACCACGUCAACUAAGUCCACAACGCGACCAACAACAACAGUAAUUAAGACCGCAGAAACCCCAACAACGAGAAGUACCAGGAAAACAACACCAACCACAUCUGCCUCUACAACAUCCAAAAUCACUGCGUCAACAGAAUCCAGCCCAACCUCCUCAGCCAAAACAAGUCGAAGAAGCACAACUCUGACAAGGACUACAUCUUCCACCAAGUCUACUGAAACCAGUACAACCGCCAUACCAACUACACCCACAACCCUCACUCUCACUACGACUCCCUUCUCCACUAGCUCACCAGUGAGCACAACAUCAAAGUCAUCACCUACCACUUCCACUACCUUUACCACUCCCACCACAGCCACCACACCAGCUACAUUCACAACCGUCACUCUGACGACGAAGGCCCCGACCAGUACUUCUCCGGAGACCACCGCAUCUGAGUCCACCACUGCAAGCACUGUAAAAACAACUACACUGACCACAGUUUCUCCAACUACUACGUCAACUAAGUCCACAACAGGAGCUACACCAACAGUAACUAAGACUGCAGAAACCCCAACAACGAGAAGUACCAGGAAAACAACACCAACCACAUCUGUCUCUACAACCUCCAAAACCACUGCGUCAACAGAAUCCAGCCCAACCUCCUCACCAAAAACAAUUCUAAGAAGCACCUCAUCACCAAAAACUGCUCCAAUAAUUAUUAUGACAACGACUAUGCCUUCCACCAAGUCUACGGAAACCAGGACAACCGCCACACCAACUAAACCCACAACCCUCUCCUUCACCACGACUACCUUGUCCACUAUCUCACCAGAGAGCACAACAUCAAAAUCAACCUCUACCAUUUCCACUACCUUUACCAUGCCUAUUGCAACCACCACACCAUCUACACUCACAACCGUCACACUGACGACGACGGCCCCGACCAGUACUUCACCGGAGAGCACCACUGCUGAGUCCACCACCACAGGUACUGUAAAAACAACUACUUUGACAACAGUUUCUCCAAGUACUACGUCAGCUAAGUCCACAACUAAGUCAACACCAACAGUAACAAAGGCCAUACAAACCACACCACCACAAAGAACCACCCCCAGAAGUACGACGAAAACGUCACCAACCUCAUCAGUCUCCACAACAUCCAAAACCACUGCAUCAACAGAGUCCACUUCAACCUCCAUACCAAAAACUAGGCUGAUAACCACAUCUCUGACGACUACUCCUUCCACUACGUCUACUCAGUCCAGCACAACCGCCACACCAACUGCACCCACAGCCAUCACCUUGACAACAAUUACCUUGACCACUAGUUCAGCGAAGAGCACCACCUCAGAGUUGACCUCCACCCAAACCACUACUUUUACCACCACAAAAAUCACAACGCUGACAUCCCCUACCGCUUCCAUUACCUCUACCAAGUCCAGCACAACCACCACACCAACUACACCCACGAAUGUCACUCUGACAACGGCCUCAGCCAGUACUUCAACAAAGAGCACCACAUCAGAGUCCACUAGUCCGAGUAGUGCAAAAACAUCUACACUGACGACAGUUUCUCCAACUACUAAGUCAACUAAGUCCACAAUGGGAACACCACCAACAGUAACAAAGACUAUAGAAAGCACACCACCACAAAGAACUACUCCCAUCAGUACGACGAAAACAACACCAAUAACAUCUGUCUCUACAACGUCCAAAACCACUAUUUCUACAGAGUCCACUCCAACCUCCUCACCAAAAACUAGGCUGAUAACCACAACUCUAACAACGACUACUCCUUCUACUACAUCUAUGGUGUCCAGCACAACUGCCACACCAACUACACCCACAACCGUCACUCUGACGACAACUACCUCAACCACUAGUUCAACAGAGACCACCAUAUCAAAGUCCACCUCUCCGCAGACCAUUACCUCUACCACCACAAAAACCACAUCACUGACAACCCCUACACCUUCCAUUACCUCUACCACAUCCAGCACAACCACCACCCCAACUACACUCACAUCUAUCACUCUGACGACAAUGGUCCCUACAGCUAGGUCAACAUCAGAGUCCAUCACCCCAAGCACCAUAAAAGCCACAACAUUGACAGGAAUUUCUUCUACUCCUAUUUCAACUAAAUCCACAAUGAGGACAACACCAACACCAACAGUAAUAAAGUCAACUAGAAAAACCACAACUUCCAGUUCUUCUAUUAAAUCCACUGCAAGCACUUCAUCAACAACUGCUCCAAUCUCUACCUCAACAGAAUUUUCAACAUUGGAAUCCACCACUCUGCCUAAUGCCACUACCUCAAUCACCAAAAAACCGACAUCAAAAAUGACUACUCCCACAUUUACGGCUUCGACACUCACUAUGAUAACAUCCACAACUCCAAAAACCACAACCAUCAAAAUCACAACUUUUUCAACUACUCCAACUAGUUCAUCAACUGAAACAGCCACAGUCAAAUCAACUACAUACAUAACACCAACCACAACAAAAACCACAGCUCUAGUCAAUGAAACAACUAUGGCUUCUACUGCAUUUACUACAAGCUUUCACCUCCCUGGCACACUGUCUACUUUACUAACUACAACACCGUCAAAAGAACGUUGUAGAGAGAUUGAAUAUGAGGAGCAAGUGACUUACAAAGGUUGUAUUACAAAUGUCACCUUGACCCGCUGUGAAGGAAUGUGUCCAUCUUCAGCAAAGCUAAAUAUCGCAAAGAUGAUGGUAGAUGUGGAAUGUGGCUGUUGUAUGCCAGUCACACUGCAUAAAAAGGAACUGAAAAUGCCUUGCCCAGACCCAGAUCACCCUGGAAAGAGGCUCGUUAUGGAGAUAAUCAUAUUUGGUGGCUGCGUAUGUAACUACGAUGGCUGCACACACUAGCUGGGCUUUUCAAACAGUAUCAAAAUAUUUUUUUUUAAAUGAAAUUACACGGUAACAAUUUACAACAUUUCAAACAAUGACAGUUCAUUAGUAUGACCUCUCUUAUGUCUGCUUCUGCUGAUUACAUGGGCCAGCUUUGUAGGGAGGCAACCAGGGCAGUUAUCUAGAAUGCAGAUAACUAUAGUAUUAAAAUGAUGUGAAUAAUUUAUUUCUAAAUUAGGGGAAGUAAGGGAGGAUCCAGAAGUGUCUGGCUUGCUCAAGACACUAUUUAACCAAAUGCUAAAGGCUGGCCUGACUGAUUAUGUACUAUAUAAUACUAAUUGGGGUUUUGCUCUUUCAAAUAAAAUGUGAUGACCUGCUAAUUCUUUACAUCUGUGUUAAGUGACAAUUGGGUUAGAAUGCGCUUUCUACUGUAAACAGCUGCAGUGUUUCUGUAAAUUCAUAAAAUGAUCUGUUAAUCCAUAGAAUGCUAGCCAAUGUCUAAGUGGAUGACAUCUGAAAAGAGUAACUAGGGCCUGGUCCACACUACACAGUUAAAUCAAUUUAAACAGCGUUAAAUCGAUUUAACGCUGUACCCGUCCAUACUACAAGACACUUUAAAUCAAUUUUAAGGGCUCUUAAAAUUGAUUUCUGUACUCCUCCCCAACGAGAGGAGUAACCCUAAAAUCGAUAUUACUAUAUCGAUUUAGGGUUAGUGUGGACGGAAAUCGGAGUUAUUGGUCUCAUUCUUUUACUGUAGCUACCCAGAGUGCACCGCUCCGGAAAUCGAUGGUAGCCUAGGACCAUGGACGCACACCACCGAAUUAAUGUGCCCUAGUGUGGAUGCAUAAAAUUGAUUUUAUAAUAUCGGUUUUAUAAAACCGGUUUUAGUAAUUUCGAUUUUAUGCUGUAGUGUAGACGUAGGCUAGGAGAGGAGAGAAGAAGUUAGCCUAGGGGCUUGCCAGGAAGUGAGAGAAUGGUAUGAUAUCUGGAAGAGAGGCCAUCACACUUAUUUGUGAGUGAUGAGGGUUUCCUGAGGGUGUUAGAGAUGAAGGGAACAUACCUGCCAACACUUGAGUACUAUAAAGAGAGACAAAUAGGCAGGAAAAAAUACAAACAACCUUUAAAAAUGCCACGGAACCAGCAGACUGGGGGAACUUUUUGGACGAGCAGCAGCUGAAAAAUAAAUAUUCUGCUAAAAAUAGGGAGAGCUGGCAAAGAUGGGGUGCUCUUUAGUGAGGGGAUUGUAGGAAAGUCCACCGUGCUUACUGGGUCUUGAGGCUGAGUCAGCAGCUGAAUGUUGGAGGGGUUAUACAGCAAGAUGGGAGGCAGGGCUUUCUGCAGAGAGGGGAGGCUGGAUUAAAGUGUUUUUCUGGGGAGUGUGAGAGGGUUCAGUAGCUGGGUCUCAGAGCACCUAUGAGGGAUAUUAUGGGAAGUUUUAACAGUUGGAAGAGUGUGAGGAAUCACUUGUCAGGCAGGUGGAGAUUUCCAUACUUUGCCUGGAAGUUGCAGGACAGUUUGGCAGCCUGGACAAUUGGAGUCAGGUUGAAGCAUUUUUGCAGGAGGCACCUGUUAACAGAAUGUUUGCCCAUAGUUGCUCGGUGCCCUUUAUCGAGAAGUGUGCUCUCAU